GUCGUCCGAAAACCGCACGAACGCGAGUACGUGUACCGCAGUAUUUUACGCGUACGUGUAGUGUGUGUUAAACGCGCGCGCUCGUGUCGCCGUCGGUGGAAAUCGCGCGUUUUUCCGAGCACUCUGCCGUCGCGGCGAUAUGACGGUUCGCGGCACCCCGGGUCCUGGCGCCCCGGCCGCCGUUCGUCACGUGGUCACCAACGACGCACGCGAUAGCCCCACGUGACCGUGGUAUAGUGUCGGUGUCGUUUUUCGGGCUUCGUCCUAGUACCGGCUGACCCCCCCCCCUGACGUUAUUCCUGUUUUUGGUACACGUGGUAUCCUCGUCUUGAACCCGAAAUCGACCGCCGCGGUACUGCCGUGAAAUACACAGAAUAGUCUCGAUCCAUACAGGAGGCCGUUGCUUUCGCAUGACUCUCGACGAUUUUUACUCGCGCUGAGGUGUUCCCGUUGGUUGGAAAGUUCAAAUCCCGUUGGCGAGUUCAAACGGUAACGUUCGUCUUACCGCUUACCGCGUUCGCUGUAGGUACGAAUUUUUCCGUUCGAUUGACAUUGACCCGGUAACUCGCUCGUUCUCCGCGCGCAGGUAUUGCUAUUUUUUUAAACACAAUACACAAAGGUCACCUACCAAGAACUCCGACGCACUUAAUUUUUCGAAAUCCAUUGAUGGAGAAAAUCGAUUUGUAAUAUUCCGCUUUCUUUUAGUCUCUUUCCGUUUUUUUUCUUCAAUAUUUCACACGUUUUAUUAAACGACUUAAUAUAGUGAUGACUUUUCAAUCAGUUUUGUAGAUAUUUUGAUUCGUUCGAAUACGAACUCGUUAUGAAAUAUAACUAUGAAAAAUAAUUAUUGAACCGAGUUGUUUGUAAAUAUUUGAAACUAAUAUAAUACACAUUGUGUAGGGCAGGAAUAUUUUAAUAAUAUUUACCCGCUGAAUUGAAAUAUUCUGAGCAAAAAUGUAACAUGACAUACGUUGAAAUUGGUAGUUCAUUAUAAAACCAAAUAAUACUUGGAUCGAUCCAGAAAAUAACUAUUUCCAUAAAACCUAAUAUUUUGGCAAGUAUACAUAGAUUCUCUGGACGUUUAAAUUCGUCGUUAUAUUUUAUUCGUUCUCUUCUACGUUUGUUUUUGUGCGAUUUUCAUUUUCUAAACUCACUUCUUGAAUAUUUGUACAUAGGUAUUAAUGUCAACUUCUUGCUUUUGUAAUAUUCAUGUUCUAUAACCAUAUACAUACUUAUAUAUCUCUGAUGUUUUGGAGCAUCGUUCAUUGAUGUCAGAACCUCAUCCAACUCUGUAAUUAGAACAAUAUCGGGGGAACGGAGAAACUAAUUUCGGGUUGAAAUUUUCGCCUUUUACUGCGGACAACGAGUGAAAGCGAAACUGCCGUAACGCCUAUAUACGGUUGGGUAUACACAGGAGACGCGUGUAACGGCUGUGUCGCGUCACGGACGUUUGAUUUGGUUUUAAAACGUUUUUUUUUUUUUCGUUAUUAUUCUUCCUUCCUUCGAAUCGGCCGUGUGUUUAGGGUUCGCGAACUCAUAAUUUAUACGUAAACGUACAAGUACUGUUACCGUCGGUACGCACCGGUUACUGCGCGCUGACCGAGCUGUUCGCCCAUAAUAUGUAUUAUACUCAUAUUCGCGCACGAAUAUAAUAGUCAUUUUGUUCGUGUCAUAGUCGGGCACUAACGCGUUACGUACGAUACUGAGAUCGAUGACAGAAUGACGGUGCAGUGCGGUUUGUUAACCGAUCGAACGUGUAAAAUUUGCGAUAACGGUAACCUCCUCUCUUCCCUCCCACAGGAAUAGACGAAAUAAAUUAAAAAAAAAAAAACGCGUGCACAAUAAAGUAUUGUUAUCGACGUGGACGUCGUCGUGUGUGAUACGGAUAAAACGUAGUUAUAUCGCACACGGUGUAUUGCCUUAGUCGUCCCGCACGUGUUUCGUAUACCGACGGCGGCCACGGGGUUUUCGCAGAGUCGGAGUUUAGCCUCGGGCGGCUUUCGUUGUAACGCGGUCGGUUCGGGCUAUGAAAAGGAACGCGAUCAGUCAAUGGGAGCUGUCGGAUCACUUCUGGGCGGAAAGCGACCCGCCGGAACCGUGCGUGACGGGCAGGAGUUUUUUACAAAAAUGCGCCCGGCAACUCGACCGGUUGACCACCGAUAGAAGGGUCAAGUACCGGUUGGCCGGUCGGCGCCGUGACACACUGCCGCAGGAAGCGCCUCGUCCUUACCGCGUCCGGAGACCACCACCGGUGGACCAAGAGUACCACGGUUACGCGGGUUCCGUGGGUGAAAAUUCCGGUUGCCGGACCUCGAACUUCAGCUACAAUAACAACAGUAACAAAUUUAACAACAAAAACAAGAAAACUUAUGUUCCCGACGACGAUGUUGACUGCCGCACAGAAUCGCAAUUGUCACCACUUCAGCAGCCACCACCGCCGCCGCUUUGCGUGAUCAAACGAUCCGACGAUUAUGCCGCUGCCGCAAAUGGAACCAAAACGUUCGGAUCCGUUCCGUUCCGCGAGGGCGAGCUCGUGUGGUUUGACCCAGGUGUUGGUCAUGUCUUGCCCGGCGAAGUUUUGGAGUACCACAAGCCAGCACAAGUGCUCACUGUUCAGGCCGUUAUCGCGGGAAAAACUCAAAUUUUCUCGCUUACGAGUGCCAAUGGCGUCAACCGACGACAAGAUCUUGGCCAGAACGGUAUUGAAGAUAUGAUACAGCUUACGGACUUGAACGAGGCUUCGUUGUUGUGGAAUAUGAAAAUUCGUUAUGAUAAAGAACUCAUAUACACAUAUACCGGAAGUAUAUUAGUGGCGGUAAACCCUUACAAAAUGUAUGACAUGUACGGAUUGGACAUGGUAAAAAAAUACGAGGGCCAAAUUUUAGGAACAUUACCGCCACAUUUGUUCGCUGUCGGUUCUGCAGCUUACGGAAUGCUCCCUCGAGGAAAUCAAGUUGUUGUUAUUUCUGGCGAAUCAGGUUCCGGCAAAACAGAAUCCACAAAGCUUAUUAUGCAAUACUUGGCAGCUGUUAAUAAAUCACCAUCCAAUCUCAUUACCGAACAAAUAUUAGAAGCGUCGCCAUUACUAGAAAGUUUUGGUAAUGCCAAAACUGUACGCAAUGACAACUCGUCUCGAUUCGGAAAGUUUUUAGAAGUCCAUUUUAAACAAGGAGUCAUAUUAGGUGCCAAGGUCACGGAGUACCUAUUGGAAAAAUCACGUAUUGUAACUCAAGCACCAGAAGAAAGAAAUUAUCACGUGUUCUACGAAUUAUUAGCUGGUCUCGCCGAAGAAGAAAAACUCAAAUAUGGUUUGCUAUCAGCUGACAAAUAUUUCUACCUGAAUCAAGGUGGAAAUUGUGAAAUCGAUGGUAAAUACGACGGAGAGGAUUUUCAGUCGCUCAUGUCCGCAAUGCAAGUCCUGGGAUUUACGUCAGAGGAACAGGACACUAUAUUCCGAAUAUUAGCUUCAGUUUUACACUUGGGAAAUGUUUAUUUCCACCGUAAACAGUUAAAGCACGGACAAGAAGGCGUUGAAAUCGGCUCGGACGCGGAAAUCAGAUGGACGGGACAUUUGCUCAGGCUAGACGUAGAUGGAAUCAAAGAAGCCCUCACAACCAAAACGACCGAAGCACGCAAUGAACGUGUACUAACAGCAUUGAAUAUAGAUCAGGCGUUGGAUGCCCGAGAUGCUUUUGCCAAGGCUUUAUACAGUUCACUUUUCACGUGGCUCGUAGCCAGGAUCAACCAUAUCGUAUAUAAGGGUACGAAGAAGACCACGGCCAUAUCGAUUUUAGACAUAUUCGGAUUUGAAGACUUCAAGGAAAAUAGUUUUGAACAGUUGUGUAUUAAUUAUGCUAACGAGAAUUUACAAGUAUACUUCAAUAAACACAUAUUCAAACUGGAACAACAGGAGUACGCCAAAGAAAAGAUCCAAUGGCAAAACAUCGCUUAUAAUGAUAAUUUGCCAGUGAUUCAGCUAUUGUCGAAGAAACCCGUGGGCAUAUUACACCUUUUGGAUGACGAGUCAAAUUUUCCCCGCGCUACCGAUGUUUCAUUUUUAGAAAAAUGCCAUUACAACCAUGCCUUGAACGAAUUGUACUCUAGGCCCAGGUUGAACGGUCCGGAAUUCGGAGUCCGCCAUUAUGCCGGACCGGUGUGGUACAACGUCGACGGGUUUCUAGACAAGAACCGAGACACGUUGAGACCCGACGUUGUACAACUAUUAAUCUCGAGUUCUUUGCCCAUGUUGAGCAAAAUGUUUAGCUCCCUGCGAAACAAUUACGAAGCAUCGAAAACUUUGAACAAGGCUAACGGAAGAUUUGUUACCAUGAAACCCAGAACGCCUACUGUUGCGGCUAGGUUUCAUGAUUCAUUACAGCAACUUAUGGAAUCCAUUUCUGGAUGCCACCCGUGGUUUGUACGUUGCAUUAAACCUAAUUGCGAAAAGGUGUCAAUGAAAUUCGAUAUGCCCACGGUUCUGGAACAGCUCCGGUACUCGGGAAUGUUGGAAACGAUAAGGAUCCGUAAAUUGGGCUACCCGGUACGCAUGAAGUUUAGCGAGUUUGUGGACAGAUAUCGAGUGCUGGUGCGAAAACGAAAACUUCCACCGAAAGGGACGCCCAAUAGGGAAAUAUGUCAAGCUAUUUUGGAAAAACACGCUGACGAAUAUCAGCUGGGCACGAGUCGGGUGUUUCUGCGAGAAAACCUGGAACGACAUUUGGAACGAGAAAGAGCGGCUAUUCUGAACACGGCGGCGAUCACGCUUCAACGGAAUGUUCGAGGGUUCCUGGCCCGCACUAGGUAUACCGCGAAGAGACAGAGUGCGAUUAAGUUGCAGGCGUCGGCUCGUGGCUGGAUACAACGGAGACGGUACGAGACGUUGAAACGAGGCGUGGUCAAGGCUCAAGCCACAUUUAGAGGCAGGCAACAGCGAAAACGAUAUAACCAACUAAAAGAGGAAAUGAAAAGGAAAGCGCACGUGGCAAAGGAACGGGCGAGAAUCAAAGCUCAAAAAGAAGAACAAGAAAGGAACGCAAGGCCGCAUCCCGCAGCGAAUCUUAAUGCAUUAGAUAUUCCGGCAGAACUAGCGACAAUAUUUAAUAAAAUUGAUGAAUGGCAACCGUUGCACAACGAGAGGCAGCUAGUUAAAGUAGUUGGUCCCAUUGUCGAGAUCCAAGAACAAUACAAUCUACCGAACGAUAUCGAUCAGCAUGCGUUUUCAAAGUUUACAAAUAUUUAUUUCAAAUCGCAUGUCUGGGGAAUGAAAAGAGAACCGAUUAAAACGCCGUUUCUCCACAAGAGUAAAGAUGCCGACUACAUGGAUUCGAUUGCGAUUUUCAAAUUGAUCUUAAGGUUUAUGAACGACGAUUCGUUAUCGCCCAAAAGAGAACAGGCGCUCGCCGAUUACAUCAUUCACAAAGGUUUAUCUAAUGAACGGUUGCGGGAUGAAAUCCUAUGCCAACUAGUGAACCAGACGUGGCGCAACGACGUAGAAGCGAACAACGAAAGAGGUUGGCUGCUAAUGGCGAGUUGUCUCUCGGCUUUUCCUCCGACGGGACCGCUGUACAAAUAUCUAUUGAAGUACGUUUCCGACCACGGUUACGAUGGUUACAAAAGCGUGUGUCAGAGAAAACUGUUGUCCGGGCACACGUGCACGCCACCGGCCAGGUCCUCGGCCCCGUGUUUGUUGGAGUGGAGGGCGAACCGGAAGAGGUUCAACACGGCACUGGAGUUCACGAUGCCGGACGGUGAAACCAUGACCGUUGGCGUGGAGUCGUGGACCCGAUGUCACACGGCUGCGUCCGCCCUGUUGGCUGACCGAGGAAUCGCCGAGUGCAACGGGUGGACCGUAGCGCUGGACAACGACCAGAGGAACGGGUUCGACUAUGUGUUUGACGCCAUUUCCGAAGUAGAAAUGCCCCCGGGGUAUCCCGGCAAAACGGCACCGCCGCACUCGCCACAACCGACGACACUGAUGUCACCCGUUGUUUCGAAGGUCGAACCCAUGGCCGUGAACCGCAGACCGACCGUGCCACCACCUCAGCCACCGCAGAUGAAACAACAGAAAGUUCGAUCCGUCUCUCGAGAUCACAGCGCCGAAAUUGGUUUGUCUCGGCAAUCCGCUUUGAAUGAUAGAUACUUCGAGAAGGCCAGUCGAUCUAGAAGCCUGGACAAUUUAAUAACGCCCGUACCACAAGCUACGAUAGCUCCUAAAAAACUCGACACGUUAGGCCUGUCUCAUAGCAAGCUCAACGAGCGGUACAUGUCGAUGGAGCGUAUACAAGAAACUGAAAAAGACACUGACAGCGAAAACCGAGAUGACGAUGAUGAUGAUGAUGACGACGACGAUGACGAUAUCGCCAAGUCCGUGGAUGACGAUAACUUAGAAUCGGUCAGCCAAAGAGGCGAUACACGAAACUAUAACGGUACGUCGUCUGACGUCAUGUCCCACAGUCAAAUCGAUUUCGAUUACUCAGAUAUAAAUGGCAGGAAUGAAGAUGACAAAGGUUCCUACAUCAAAGGUCAUCCCAGAUUCAUUAAAUCGCAAUACGCAGGUAAACGCGGUUCACAUUCUAUUAAAUCACAAAUGGAUAACAAAAAUUCAGAAAAAUCUGAGGCCAGAAGCUGCGCUAUGUCCGAUACAAGCGAAGCUCCAUCCUUAGCAUCGCACGUUAGACGCGUACGUGUGCCGUCGCAGGCAUCAGACGUUGACCAGUUCCUUGACGACCUGUUCAACCCUGUUCUGGAUCAACUUUCCGAUGCCCGAUCGUUAGCUGCAUCCAUCAAAGGCGGCUCAUCGAAAAGCAAAUCCGUGGACGACUGCGAGUCCUUGGACUCUCGGAACUUUGCUAAGACGAUAAAAGGCGGUGUCGGCCGUCAUACGAUUGAAAAGACCUGUGAUCCCGCAAGCGCGUCCAAUGAAAGCCCCUCGCAGACCGAGUACGUCGAUACGGACGAUGAGCAGCCAUUGGACAUCGCUAUGUUCGCCAAGACCAUAAAGGGAGGCGGCCGAGGUGUCGCGUCUCAGCAACAGAACGGUUCCGGGCAGUCCGGAAACGCAUCGUUCGGCGGCAUGUCACCACUGAUCGGCUCACCGCCCGUCAUGCCCAUCCUCUCGCCACCAUCAUUACUUAUGCCUACGAUGAAUUCGCAGAUGUUCAACUCUCCGAACAGUCUCAGUGUGCCAGCGAACACGGCAAACGCCAAUGGCAAUGGGUCGUCCAGUGACAGCAUGCUUGCGUACCAAGCGAACCUACACCAGGCGUUCUUGCAGUCCGCCAUGGCGCAAAACAUCCAGAUCCAGCAGCAAAUCCUUGCACAGAACCAGGCACUUCAUCAGUUGCUUCAGCAGCAACAGAUGUUGCCACCGGUUGGUCCAGAAAAUACAUCAGGUGUAUGGAACAAUUCUCCUCCUAAACAUAAAUCUACACCUACUAAUAAGUCUCAAGGACUUCGUUCAGGAUCACCACAUUCCACGUUCACAAAUGUUUUAAGCGAAUUAAAGAGCAGAAAAUCAUCGAUGGAUUCUAAUGUUGGAAAAAGCUCUGUACCACCACCACCUCCCAUGCCACCGCCACCUGAUUUAUGCGACCCGAGCGAGGUUAGGCCGUUCAUGGAUCCAUAUGGGCGAGCAAAAACUGUACGAAUUGGAAAAUGGAGGUGGCCACCGCUUAGUGAUGGUGCUAGCAAUGGCGUUCCAGGUGAAAUGAACGGGUUUCCAUCACAUCAAAGUUUUUUGCAAUUCAAAAUGUCCAAACAACAAAGCCAAAGGCACAAACAAUCACAAGACUCGAGUCAAGACGGAGAACUAAAUGGAGUCGAUUGGGAAGAAUAUGAAAUACAACAACCCGAAUCAAUGAAGCAGCCGUCUCCCAAAGAUCAAACGGAAGUACAUAAAACAUCAUACAAAUCGUUGGAAGUCGGCGCAUCGAGACCAAGUCCCGGGAGCGUUGGCAAACUGAGGAUUAGUAACGAAAUGAAGCAUAAAUUAGAAAUGGUAACGGCUAAUCACAGUCUGCGAUCUUCGACCAGCAAGCCCAGACCGCAGGCCAUGAACAAUAUGCCGACACCCCCUGCUGCCGGGAAACUGGAUACGGACCGACGACUGUUGUUGCAGCAACAACUAGCCGGAAGAUGGGGUAGCGUGGAUAGCGUGGAUUCGCAAAGCGUGGUCAAAGAAGACGCAUCCGAUGUGCAGCCCGCAAACGUAAUACGCAAUCAGGUGGAACGUAUCGAAAGCUCCGGGUGGCGAUUGCCACCGCCGCCGAUCACGCCGUCCAGAUCGAACAGCUUUUACAAUCAAAACAUGAAAAAGAAUAGCACUGGUCCUCCAGCUCCCAUACAGCCCGUGACGCGCGAAUACGACCAAAAUGUGUUCCGGAACUCGGCCCCGAACAAUUACAGCGAACCGCACGAGACCGAGAAAGCUCCCGAGUUCAACGUUCGUCCGGAGCCCAGGAUACAAUCGCCGUCGCAAAACGAAGACGGGCAAACAACGAAAUUACUGCAAUCGCCGGCCAACGCGUAUUUCACGUACAACCGCGUACCAUGGAAAUUGAACGUCCGGAAGGAAGUGUUCACCCCUAAAGAAUCGAUGUCCAGUCCCCUAGUGUUACAUCUGAUUUUCUGUCAAAUAGUCGGUGACAUGUUCAACAAAUUCCAUUCGGUACACGCGAGGAUAUCAGCCGACGAACGCGAAGAGAUGUUAGAGUUAUUGGACCGUUUUGGAGUGACAGCCAGCAACAUGCAAACCGGUCAUCAUAAAGCCACUACUAAACGUUCCAUUGUCGAGUUGGCUCGCCAAUGGCCACUGUAUUUCGCAAGAAUAUUUCCCGUUUCCUGCGGUUAUCAACACCGAGAUGUCGAGUAUUUAGCCAUUACGCACGCGGGUCUUCAUUUACUACGCAAAGAAGACAACCAAUUUCAAAUCAUGCAAACCCUAACGUUCGAAGACAUUGCCGACGUAUCUAUGGGAAAGGCCGGUGGCUCUGUUCAGCUAACAAUAAUGUCGGCUGAAACAAUACCAUUCCAUUCAAAUAGAUCCAGACAAAUACAUUCAAUGAUCAGCUCUUUCUGGAAAGACGCUGCACCACUUGGAAGACUUCCCCGUCAAGUGGAUGAAAAAAAUCGUGCUCCAGAAUACAAGGGGUGGCAACAAACGAAUUCGAAAUAUUCCAAGCCAACUUCGCCAUAUAAGCAACAUGAAUCACCACCACCUACCCACUUUGCUGCAGAUGACGGUAAACAUUCGCUACUUCAAUUUGCCAUGUACAAUUUCAGACACAGUUCGGAAAAGUUUGACAUGUUGAAAUCCGCGAACGGUGAGAUAAACGGUUCAUUGAAGGUCAUUCAAAACUCGAAAAAGAAGAGCGAUGAUUGGACUUGGAAAGAACAGUUGGAGAUGGUUAAGUACACAAACGUCCCGAUAUCCGAAUCACUGUUGAAACUGGACCCGGAAUUGAACGCGCUGGCUAUGGAAUGCUUUGAGUGCGUCAUGAGGUACAUGAACGAUUUGCCCACAACGCCCGAAUUCACGGAAGUCAAAUGCGUCUACACCAUUCUCAUGCAUUGCCAUAAAUUCGAAAGCUUGAGGGACGAGGUGUACUGCCAGCUAAUGAAACAGACAACCAACAAUAAGACGGAGACGUGCCAGCGGGGUUGGCGUUUGCUGAGCAUCGUCGCGGCGUAUUUUACUUGCUCCGAGAACCUGAGACCUUUCCUGCUCAAGUAUUUGGAAACCGCGGCGUAUGACAAGAGGAGAGCUUUCCAUGGUACCGCGAACGUGUGCCUGCAGAACUUGCGCAAGACGUUACGCUACGGCGGCCGUAAAAACGUACCCAGUGUCGAAGAAGUUACAGCCGUGUCGGCCGGUCGUAACUCCAAGCGACAACUGUACCGAUUGCCCGGGGGUAGCGAAACCGUGGUGAACACCAAGUCGACCACCGUCGUGGCUGACGUCAUCGCUGGCAUGUGCUCGUUGAUCAAUGUCAACGACCCGUUGGAAAUGGAAGAGUUCUCUUUGUAUUGUAUCGUAGAGGGUGAUGCGUUCACGAUGCCGCUGGCCGCUGAUGAAUACAUACUGGAUGUGACCACGGAGCUGCACAAAAACCAACAGGUGUUCUACUUGAUAUUCUGCCGGUCCGUGUGGUACUUCCCGUUGCGAUUGGACAGCCAGCUCUACGUUCAGGUGUUGUUCAACCAAAUCGCACCUGAUUACUUGGAAGGUCUACUGUUGGUCUUGCCCUUCGGACAGUUGCCCCAAGAAUUGCUGUUUGAAGUGUGCCGAUUAGCUGCUCUGCUACACCGAGCAGCCGACAUGAUUCAGCCCCCGACAUUAAAAGAAACGAAAUUCCUUCUACCCAAACCAGCGCUUAUGCAAAACGAUGUAAAUCCUCAGCAAUUGGUGCAAAUGGUUCAAAAUAAUUGGCCUCAAAUCGAACCUCUGCACAGCGUGGAAGCUAAAGCCCAAUUCUUAGAAAUAUUAAGCAAAUGGCCGCUGUUCGGAUCCAGCUUCUUCGCAGUCAAACGUAGCGGAGAUCAGCAGAUAUUAGCUCUGAACAGAACCGGCGUCCAUUUCCUUCACAUUGUUACCCACAAAACCUUAUCGACAGUGCCAUUUAGUGAAGUGAUAUCGACUAGGAAAGUGAGAGCUGGCGAAGGUGCCACUCUCUACUUGGAGCUCAAGUGCGGCAACUUGUUCCAACAACGGGUAGCUAGACUACAAACCGACCAGGCCCACGAAAUCGCCCGGCUCGUUAGACAAUAUAUAACCAUGCAUCGCCAUAAUGUUGGUGUUCAUUGAGAAAACAGCUACUUUGACGGAAGGAAAACAUUUUUAAGUUGCGCUCAAACAUAUCAUACAGGUAGUGUGGUUGUGUUUAACCUAGAUUUUAAUCGUUCAACAAAUACACAGGUAGAUAUUUCUUUGUUGACUAUUGAUACUUAAAAUAAAUCAUUAUGAUGAGUUUUUUUAAAGUAAAUAGGCCAAAUAAAAAAGUUUAAGACUUAAUUAUG